AUGGUUAUGAAGCUGAUACACCGUGAAUCAAUGCCUCAAAAGGCUCGAGUUCCUCUCACUCCACAAGAUUCCUCAUCAGCUCGGUUUAAGCAUCUGAUCGAUAAAGAGCUAAGCAGCAGCGACUUCCAAGUCAACGUGCAACAAGCGAUCAAGACAUCGAUGUUCUACGUGAACUUCUCAAUAGGACAGCCUCCGAGACCACAGUUCACGAUCAUGGACACAGGAAGCUCGCUUCUAUGGAUCAAAUGUCUUCCCUGUAGCAAAGACUACUCUUCAGACCACAAGACUUACAACCCAUUAUUGUCCUCAACGUACGUAGAGUGUUCUUGCAGCGAUCCCUUUUGCAAGCACGCACCAAACGCACAAUGCAGAACCUCCUCGAACAAGUGCCUCUACGAGCAAGUUUACAUAAACGGAGGUGGCUCUAAAGGCGUUCUUGCUAAAGAGCGGUUAACUUUCACAACACCUAACGGAAACACUGUCCUGACCAGUCCCGUGCCUUUCGGGUGCGGCCAUGAGAACGGAGAGCAAUCAGAGAGUGACUUCACCGGUAUAAUGGGUUUAGGAGCUCAACCAACAUCGCUCGCGCUACAGCUCGGUUCUAAAUUCUCCUACUGCAUCGGUGACUUAGCUAACAAGAACUACGGUUACAACCAGCUUGUUCUUGGCGAAGACGCAGAUGUUCUUGGUGAUCCAACACCGUUCAAGAUAGAGAAUGGUAUCUACUACAUGAAUCUUGAAGGGAUUAGUGUUGGAGACAAGCAACUGAACAUAGAACCGGUUGUAUUCACCAGGAGAGGUGCAAGAACCGGAGUCAUACUCGACUCGGGCACGCUCUACACUUGGUUAGCAGAUAGAGCCUACAGAGAGCUCCACAAUGAAGUAAGAUCGAUUCUUGAUACGCAGCUACAGAGGUUUUGGUUUAGGGACUUGUUGUGUUACCAUGGAAGAAUGAGUGAGGAGCUAAUAGGUUUCCCGGUGGUGACGUUUCGAUUCUCCGGCGGAGCAGAGCUUGCUAUGGAGGCUAACAGCAUGUUUUACGCGAUGACCGAACCGGGUGUGUAUCAGAACGUGUUUUGUAUGGCGGUGAGGCCAACGACGGUACAUGGAGGGGAAUAUAAAGAUUUCACAGCUAUUGGUCUAAUGGCUCAACAAUACUAUAACGUUGCUUAUGACCUCAGAGAGAAAAAUGUUUAUCUCCAGAGAAUCGACUGUGUUCUGCUCGAUGAUUACUCACCAUCGUAA